AUGUCGACUCAGGCCAGCUGGACCUCGUUGACAGGAAUCCUCACCUUCCUCUUCGAAGGGAGUUUGAGCGCCAUCGCCGUUGCAAUCCUCAUCACCUUUGGCGUUCCUGUCCUUCUUCACAUCUUCUUCUUCCGCUCUGUGGCGUCACCGCCAUCCAGUAACUUCCUUCUACUUGGACCGAGUGGUGCGGGCAAGACUGCUUUCACGGCAUUGCUCGAAGUAAAAUCAACCCCAGCCUCCAAAAAGUCCCAAACAACCCACACAUCCCAAACCUCAACCCUAAUAACCGUCACCCUCCCACCAUCUGUCCCCACAGGAAGCAAUAGAUACAGAUCCAUAAACGACCCAAGUCUAAAAGAAGCAACCCGCAACCCAAUCCGCUACCGUCUAAAAGACACGCCCGGCCAUGGCAAACUCCGCCAAACCCAAGGCAUCGCCGAACUAAUCUCAAUGUCGUCCAGCAAGGAUCUAAAGACCAAGAUUCGCGGCCUGCUGUUCAUGGUUGACACGGCGGCUCUAGUCGACGAAGCCACGCUCCGCGAUACAGCGAGUUAUUUGCAUGAUGUAUUGCUCGUCUUGCAGCAGCGCGCGCUGGGGAAGGGGAAAUCGUCUACGAAGCGGGAUGCGGAGAUUCCGGUUCUUAUUGCGGGGAAUAAGCAGGAUUUGUUUACGGCGCUGCCGGCUGAGGAGGAGGAGGUGCUUGGUGAUGAUGAUGGGAAGGGGGUUUUUAGUUUCAAGUUGCUUGAGCAGGUUGGGAUUAAGGUUGAUGUUGUUGGUGGUGCGGUUAAGGGGGAUGCUGAGGAGGAGAUUGGGUCUGGUGUGAGGAGGUGGGAGGAGUGGAUUGGAAUGUGUCUGUGA